AUGUUAUACUGGUUGUCCAGUGUUUUCUCACGUCAGUGGCUUCGUGUGCUACAAACACACGAUCUUCAAGUGACCGCCUCACGUUACGAUUCAAGCAGUGGCGGUCGUUCUAGCAGUGUCGGAGGUAAUUACGGUCCAAGUGGCAGAGGAAGUCGUAGCAGCAGCCCGUCACGGCUACGAGCGACGCUCAGUGCGCGAGAGUCGGAAAUCAGUGGGUCCGGCGAAACCAAUCCCGCGAAUGGUGCUGCUGCAUCCUCAGAACCCGGGCCUCCCGCGGAUUUGUCAGAUGAAGUGUUCUGGGCCACAUCCGAGCGAUGUGGACGUCAUAUGCCAAGUGGGGAUAGUACGUACAGCUGGCGUUGGACUGGAUAUCACUUUGGCAUGGAUGUAGUGAUUAAGUACAAACGACGGUGA